AUGCAUUCGGAUUCCAUGUCUUUUCUGAGCUCUUCUGGGGACUACAGUGGAGCAUCUUACAGAACCUAUUGCUACAUCCCCUUGAAUUCAGCUGCUCUUUGCACUAGUGAGAUAAAUCCCAACUUUGGGCUCUGCUUACCCAGCCGCCACCAAGGAAAUCUCUGGCUCUUAGACAACUGCCAAGAAUCCUAUGGUGAAGCACCCAGCUGUGAAUCUCUUAGCUGCGAGGUCAAGACUGACAUUCCAAUUUGUGAUGCGUCAAAUUUCUGUGUUCCCUGCAACUCUCCAGCAGUAGGUAAAGUCUGCAUUGCCUGUGAAACGACCAACACGGGACCCAUCCCCUGCGGUAACCCAGGGACUCACAACAAAGGGUAUGUACCUAAUUGCUACCCAACCAGCCUCCGUGCUACUAAAGUCAGCCAUAUGCCUGCCAAUGGCUCAAAAUACUUUGGGCAUCUUAAUCGCUUAUCCAAGAAUUUCCAACCCCUAAACCACUACAGACUGGGUGGUUUCGGGUAUAGAAGCUAUGAGAACCUGGGCUUUACUCCAUCUUGUUUUAUCUCCAGCCGCUAUCAACCAAGAAACUAUGAUCUAAGGAAGAAUUUUCAAUAUUCAAAUUAUGGGUCAAUGAGGCCCCAACCACUGAGCUAUUUUCCUAGAAACUUCCGAUCUCUGAGCUGUUUACCAAGUACCUUCCCCCCUCUGCGGUAUUUAUGCAGUGGUUGUAGACCUCUGGGUUCUUACUAA